GCCUCCCUCUUCUGCCUCUUACCCUCCCCGCUGGAAUCGGAUUUGCAGAGGGGGUCGUGGAAUCCGAGCAGGCCCCUUCCCCCCUCCCCCGCGCAACUGGCUCCUGCAUCUUCGCGGCUCUUGGGAGCCCCGGUUCUUUUACCGCCAAGUUGAUCUUUGGGACGCGUGAUCUCCUCCCGGCUGCUCUGGGGUCUUCCUGCAGCCUUGGCCAGGCCAGUUCAUCUUCAGGACCUAAAGUUGCCCAAGGAGCGCCUGCCCUGCUGGAGUAGGGCGGAAGGGAGGUGGGAGACGUGUACCGGUGUCAGUUUGGCCUCAGCACGUUUACCCGGACCCUCUGGGCUGCUAGCCCUGCACCCGACUCCGGGCCUCGGCCACCGCGCGACCCGCGCCGAGCAGCGUGAGCAGAAACCGCCGGCGCUGGCGAGCGGGGAGGCGGCCGGGGAAGAUGCGCGGCGUCGGCUGGCAGACGCUGGCCCUGCCUCUGGGGUUAGUGCUGGCGACGCUGAACGCGGUGGCGCCUCAAGCGUGUCCGGCGCAGUGCUCCUGCUCGGGCAGCACGGUGGACUGUCACGGGCUGGCGCUGCGCAGCGUGCCCAGGAACAUCCCCCGCAACACCGAGAGACUGGAUUUGAAUGGAAAUAACAUCACACGGAUUACCAAAACGGAUUUUGCUGGCCUUAGACAUCUAAGAGUUCUGCAGCUCAUGGAGAACAGGAUCAGCACCAUUGAAAGAGGAGCAUUCCAGGAUCUUAAAGAACUGGAGAGACUGCGUUUAAACAGAAAUCACCUUCAGCUGUUUCCUGAGUUGCUGUUCCUGGGGACCUCGAAGCUGUACAGACUAGAUCUCAGUGAAAACCAAAUUCAGGCAAUUCCAAGGAAGGCUUUCCGUGGAGCAGUUGACAUUAAAAAUCUGCAGCUGGAUUACAACCAGAUCAGCUGUAUAGAAGACGGGGCAUUCAGGGCUCUCCGGGACCUGGAAGUGCUCACUCUCAACAAUAACAACAUUACCAGACUUUCUGUGGCCAGUUUCAACCAUAUGCCUAAGCUCAGGACUUUCCGACUGCAUUCCAACAGCCUGCACUGUGACUGCCACCUGGCCUGGCUGUCCGACUGGCUGCGGCAGCGGCCCCGGGUGGGCCUCUACACGCAGUGCAUGGGCCCGUCCCACCUGCGGGGCCACAACGUGGCCGAGGUGCAGAAGCGGGAGUUUGUCUGCAGCGGUCACCAGUCAUUUAUGGCUCCUUCUUGCAGUGUUUUGCAUUGUCCAGCUGCUUGUACCUGUAGCAACAAUAUUGUAGACUGUCGUGGGAAAGGCCUCACGGAGAUUCCCACGAACCUGCCUGAGACCAUCACAGAAAUACGUCUGGAGCAGAACUCCAUCAAGGUCAUCCCUCCCGGGGCUUUCUCGCCAUACAAAAAGCUUCGAAGAAUAGACCUGAGCAAUAAUCAGAUCUCUGAACUAGCACCAGAUGCUUUCCAAGGACUGCGCUCUCUGAAUUCACUUGUUCUGUAUGGAAAUAAAAUCACAGAACUCCCAAAAAGUUUAUUUGAAGGAUUAUUUUCCUUACAGCUACUAUUAUUGAAUGCCAACAAGAUAAACUGCCUUCGGGUAGAUGCUUUCCAGGAUCUGCACAACCUGAACCUUCUCUCCUUAUACGACAACAAGCUUCAGACCAUCGCGAAGGGGACCUUCUCGCCUCUCCGGGCCAUUCAGACCAUGCACUUGGCCCAGAACCCCUUUAUUUGUGACUGUCAUCUCAAGUGGCUCGCGGAUUAUCUCCACACCAACCCGAUCGAGACCAGCGGUGCCCGCUGCACCAGCCCCCGGCGCCUGGCAAACAAAAGAAUUGGACAGAUCAAAAGCAAGAAAUUCCGUUGUUCAGCUAAAGAACAGUAUUUCAUUCCAGGUACAGAAGAUUACCGAUCAAAAUUAAGUGGGGACUGCUUUGCAGACUUGGCUUGCCCGGAAAAGUGCCGCUGCGAAGGAACCACAGUCGACUGCUCCAAUCAGAAACUCACCAAAAUCCCAGACCACAUUCCCCAGUACACGGCAGAACUGCGUCUCAAUAAUAAUGAAUUCACCGUGUUGGAAGCUACGGGAAUCUUCAAGAAACUUCCUCAGUUACGUAAAAUAAACUUUAGCAACAAUAAGAUCACAGACAUUGAAGAGGGAGCUUUCGAAGGAGCGUCUGGUGUAAAUGAAAUACUUUUCACGAGUAAUCGUUUGGAAAAUGUGCAGCAUAAGAUGUUCAAAGGACUGGAAAGCCUCAAAACCCUGAUGCUGAGGAGUAAUCGCAUCAGCUGUGUGGGGAAUGACAGCUUCGUAGGACUGAGUUCUGUGCGUCUGCUUUCUCUGUAUGAUAAUCGAAUUACUACAGUUGCCCCGGGGGCCUUUGACACUCUCCAUUCGUUAUCUACUCUAAACCUGUUGGCCAAUCCUUUUAACUGUAACUGCCACCUGGCGUGGCUGGGAGAAUGGCUCCGCAAGAAAAGGAUUGUGACGGGCAACCCUCGCUGCCAGAAGCCCUCCUUCCUCAAAGAGAUCCCCAUCCAGGACGUGGCCAUCCAGGACUUCACCUGCGACGACGGAAAUGACGACAAUAGCUGUUCCCCACUGUCCCGCUGUCCCACGGAGUGCACCUGCUUGGAUACGGUGGUCCGAUGUAGCAACAAGGGCUUGAAAGCCUUGCCCAAAGGAAUUCCAAGAGAUGUCACUGAAUUGUAUCUGGAUGGGAACCAGUUCACCCUGGUUCCUAAGGAACUCUCUAACUACAGACAUUUAACACUUAUAGACUUAAGUAACAACCGAAUAAGCACCCUUUCAAACCAGAGCUUCAGCAACAUGACCCAGCUCCUCACCUUGAUUCUUAGUUACAACCGCCUGAGAUGCCUUCCUCCCCGAACCUUCGAUGGAUUGAAGUCUCUCCGGCUACUGUCUUUACAUGGAAAUGAUAUUUCUGUUGUGCCGGAAGGCGCUUUCAACGAUCUUUCUGCAUUGUCACACCUGGCCAUUGGAGCCAACCCUCUGUACUGUGACUGCAACAUGCAGUGGUUGUCCGAGUGGGUGAAGUCGGAAUAUAAAGAACCGGGAAUUGCUCGCUGCGCUGGGCCUGGAGAGAUGGCCGAUAAACUCUUACUCACCACUCCCUCCAAAAAGUUUACCUGUCAAGGUCCUGUGGAUGUGACUAUUUUAGCUAAAUGUAAUCCCUGCUUAUCGAAUCCAUGUAAAAAUGAUGGCACCUGUAACAAUGAUCCGGUUGACUUUUAUCGCUGCACCUGUCCGUAUGGUUUCAAGGGGCAGGACUGUGAUGUCCCUAUUCAUGCAUGCAUCAGUAACCCAUGUAGACAUGGAGGAACUUGCCACCUAAAAGAAGGGGACAGAGAUGGAUUCUGGUGUAUCUGUGCUGAUGGAUUUGAAGGAGAACAUUGUGAAAUCAAUGUUGAUGACUGCGAAGAUAAUGACUGUGAAAAUAAUUCUACGUGUGUCGAUGGGAUCAAUAACUACACCUGCCUUUGCCCACCUGAGUACACAGGUAGGAAGAACUGGGAAUGCUCGGCCGCCGGUCUGUGUACCUGAACCCAUCAUGGGCAC